ACGAAGGCGGUUUGGCGGUCGGGGCGGCGAGCGUUCCAGCUCGUUCCCCAGCUGAGCGCGCGCCCGGGGCGGCGCGGGGCCCGGAGCCCUCCCUCCCUCCCUCCGUCGGCCCCCCGUCGGCCGGGCAUGGGGGCGCCUCGGCCCCUGCUGGCCCUGCUGGGCCUGUUGCUGCUGACCGGGGCCCCGCACGCCCAAGAGGAGUCGCAGGCCGCGGGCGGAGACCAGCCUUUGCGCGACCAGUGCUUGGGGCUGAAGGUGGUGGGCCGCUGCCGGGCCUCCAUGCCGCGGUGGUGGUACAACGCCACCGCGCAGCUCUGCCAGCCCUUCAUCUACGGAGGCUGCGGCGGCAACGACAACAACUUCCUGACGCAGGACGGCUGCCUCCAAGCCUGCGCCGGACCCUCAGAUAACUCCAGUGACAGCUCAAGCGCCAGCCGCAGAAGAGGAGAACCAGCUGCCGGCGGAGUUUCAGGUCCCAGAGGCACCCAGAGGACUGGAGAAUUGGAUGAAGACACCUUCAACUAUGAUGACCGCUGCGGGGCCAGCGCGGUGAUCGGACCCUGCCGGGCUGCCUUCCCCCGCUGGUACUUCGAUACCCAGAAGGACACCUGCGUGGCUUUCAUCUAUGGGGGCUGCCGGGGGAACAGGAACAAUUACCUGACCCAGCACGACUGCAUGGCCACAUGCCACGGAAAGAGCACCUCCAGCUCACCUUCCCCUGGCAACCUGCCCUCCAGCAAAGUGGCGGUGCUGGCGGUGGUGCUGGCUGGGAUGGCGGCCGCCCUGCUGGGCGUGAUGGUGGUCGUGUUCGUCCGGAUGGCCCGCGGGGCCCAGGGCGGAGCGUUUGAUGCCAUCUGGACCCCCGUGGACGACAAGGAGUACCUGGUCAAGAACGCCUAUACUCUGUGAUCAGGCCACCCUCCCCCCCGCCCGCCCACCCCCAUCUCCUGUCCCUCCCUCCACCCCCCAUUUUGUUUUGAGCCUGAAGGGGUCCGGGCGGGGCCCCUGGGGGGGGGGGGGCGAGAGAGGGAGCUAUAGAGAGCCUGGGUUUUUUAGUGUGAUUGUUGGUUUUUGUUAUUUUUGAUCCCCGGAGGAGGUGAAUGUGGUGAAUCAGUUCAGCCAGCAGAGGAGAAGGAGGGGUGGGUGGCUGCCCCUCCUUGCUCUCAAAUUCUGGGGUGAGGCUGUGCUUGGCAGGGCCCAUGCCCUUCUUCCCAGCCAGAGCCAGCGCUAGCUGUUGCACGCUGCAGAAAUUCAAUAAAAGUGCCUUCUCUGUGACCACAGGUCCUUCUAGUA